AUGGACACCGGCCGCAUUGAGAUCGCGCUAGGUGGCCCGCUGUAUCUGGAUACCAUCCCUGGGAAACGCUCUGCGGGUACACUACAAUGGGCCGGUCGGCCGAAUCUGUUCUGGUGGAUUGACCGGGUCAAGGGGGUAGCAGCGGCGACGUUUACACAGGUUAUAUCACAGGCUGAUACCAGAUUUGAGGAGUUGACCAGCGAGUUUGAAAUGGCGGUAUAUGCAGAGUUCACUUGA